AUGCUCGCAGGAGGUAUUCAAAUAGUGAAAAAUGAAUCCCUUCGAAUUGCCAAGAAGAUAAAAUCAUUUAUGGUGCUACAAAAUGAAAAGGUUCUUGUCUAUUUGACUUGCAUUACACCACAGUAUAUGCAUGCGCAUAUCCAUGUGUAUGCAAGAGUAUAUAUUGCUUUAUUUGAUAAAGCAAUUUCAAAGAAUCUCGAUUCUCCAAAGACAAAACCGAAUCAUGUUAAUUUAGUUUGCCGAACAAUUCCUCAAGCGACCAACUUAGAUUUUUGCAGUCUUGUAUUCUUCGUUAGUUUUGACAACUCGGCUAAAGAUAUGAGUAUUGAUGUAUUUUUGAAUCCUGUUUGCUUGUUUUCGUUAGCUGAUGAGUCGACAUAUUUAACCGUACGAUUAUCAUGUGUUUUGUCAUUAUCAUUCUUACAUACCUAUAUUCGUAUUUAUGCUGAAAAUAAUAAUUUGGAGAUUGGCGCCCCUGAGAAUUGUUACUCAAAUAAUAAGUAUGUUGUUUCUUACAAUAAUAUUUGUAUAGCGUUGGAAUUUGUUUAUUUUUUUUAUUCACACCCUUGUUCCCCUUUUGUUCAUUUGAUGGCAAUUUAUCCAUUCCAAGUGAGAUCUGUCAACGAUUUUGUGGAUAAAUCUCGUCGCCAUGUUGAUUUCCUGCGGUUUAGGACUUUUGGUCAGGUCAAAUUAUUUUUCCAUCUUCGAUCAUUAAAAUGGGUAAAUGCAUACAUUCUCACAUCUAGAUAA